GCCCGACUGCUGAAAUCCAGUUGUUUGUGGCUUACCAGAAGUAGGAAGUGACAAGUUAAACCAACGUUGAGUAGAGCUCUCCACGUGCUUUCUUCUCUGAUGGGUGCUUCUCCAAGAAAAAGUUGGAUAUCUUGAGAAACCUUUUCGGAUCUCCUUGGAAUAUAUUGCUAGUGGGAACCGAAGUGUAGCUGCCAUUGAUUCACUUUCAAUGAAGAACUGCAGCACAGGAUCUCCCUCCAGCUCUAAAAUGGCCCUGCAGAGUUCUUUCAGCUGCUGGAAUGGAACAGUGAUCAAGGUCGGACAGGUGUGUGACUUCAUCAGAGACUGCACAGAGGGAGAGGAUGAGGGACAGUUAUGCAGAAAACUUCCCUCUGGCUUCUAUUGUUCCUUUGAAGAUGGAUACUGUGGCUGGACUCAAAGCUCAUCAACCACCCAAGGGGCUCAUAUGUGGCAGAUUGGAAAUCCACAGUAUAACCACUUUUGUUUACGGAGAGGAUGUGCACUUUUGCUUAACACCAGCGAGCCACCAGCAGCAGAAACCGUUGUGACCAGUGGUGUGUUUCCAGCUCCAAUGAAAAACUCUCCCUGCGAGGCAAGUACUCCUGGCUGGUCAGAAAGUAUUUCUUCACACAGUACAGAAUUAACUCGUGGAAUCUGCUACAAGAUGUGUCAUUGGCCAUGUACUUAG